CGGCGCCCAUUGCAUUCCUAGUAUGCAUGCUCAAUGUUGUCUUGAUCGUAUGAUGUGACUAAAUUAUUUGGUGGACGGUUUCACUUGUUGCUUGAACGUGUGUUCAGUUUAAUCAAUUGAGUUUAUUUUCCACAAAGAAACUGGAUUGGGCCUACCCAGUUUGAGUCGCGCUAGCCCCAGAAUCGCGUAUGAUACGUUUGACUUUCGUGCUGCGCGGCGCUGCAUUCAUUUCGUGAAAAAUUGUACGUCUCACUGACCUGCCAUACCUGCAUUUUCUAAUUGAGGUAUAACAGGACGAUUUACUUACAUGCAUUCAACAGCAAUGUGCUAAUGAACUCAAGACUUGUAUCACCGCGUGCUCUGCAUGAAGUUCCAAAUCUAACGUGAGUGAGUUGACAUGAAUGAAUCGGUGAAAGUCCUGUGCAAGGCAAGGCAAGCUAGGCAAGGGCAAUGGCAAUGCACAAAGAUGAUCAGCAUCAAUGCUGUGACCAUCAGCAUCAGUUCUCGGCGACGCAGAGCCUGGAUGAACUGGACUUUGAGCGUGGCGUUUGGUCAGCAGCUUUGAAUGGCGAGACCCAUCGGGUCAGGAAGUACUUAGAUAAUGGAGGGGACCCCAAUGCUCAGGACAGUGCUGGCUAUACGGCAUUGCACUAUGCCAGCAGAAAUGGCCAUACUGAAAUCAUCAGCAUUCUCCUGCAGCAUCAAGCAGAUCCAAAUAGUGCAACGCGAUCGGGGGGCGUGACCCCACUUCACAGGGCAGCCUACAGUGGCCACUUUGACAUUGUCAAGUUACUCCUCGACUGGAGGGCAUCUCCAUUGCUUUGCGACCAAGAUGGAAAGUCGUCUCUUCACAAGGGAGCAGAGAGGGGAUACCUGGACAUAUGUAAACUAUUGGUGGCAGCAGAUACCUCAUCAAUCUCGCUACCAGACAAGCGGGGUAAACGCCCUGUGGAUUAUGUAGCUGAGUCGAAUGCAUCUUUAAGAGAAUUGCUGAAAGAUACAUGAAUCAUGAAGGAAGGAAACAUGUGAAUGAACAAGCACUGGCUUUAUUAUUUUUUUGUCCAGGUAAAAUACAGUACACUUUGGCUUAUGCCUCCACAGUUUCAUUAUAAAGGUGCAAGGCAUGGGAGUCGUGCCAACAGACAUUGUCCUGGCCUGAGACGUUUGUGUUCUUGAACAACUUCAAUGCUCUUGGGGUUUCUAGCUUGAAACCUUAUGCAUUGUCCCAGCCUUCCCCCAUACAACCGGUAGAACAUUCUUUACACUUGAACCUUCGUGAGGGAAAUCAAACUUCUAGCAGAAUAGUAGUAGGUGGGCUCUGCCUGUUUCCAUCCUGCACAAUCUUCCAAAGACUACGGGGAAAAUCUCUGGUGAAGGAUGGGAUGUUGUAUCUUGUGAAUAAAAUCAAACACGGGUUUUAAAACCCAAACCUCAAAAGAUUCAUAAGACUUGUACAUGUGUCUGAUGUAAAGUGCUCCAUCAGUUGCUCAUCACCACAGCUUCCAAACGGUCAUCACGGUCAGUCAGUAUAAAAUUCCCCAAGUUUUAAACAUCAGAUACCAUUUUAGUAUGGAAGUGAUUCCAUGUUAUGAAUAAAAAACUGACUUGUUAUUUUAA